ACAGCAAGAAAUGGUGUGGCUUCCUGGCCGUUUAAUGUCUCAGGUGUGACUCCCAUCAGCCUGCGCUCCACCUGUUUUCCGUUUACCUCCUAAUCUGUUGUCUGAGUUUUCACACACGUUUGCACUGUCUAAGCUGCUCACUGGUUAGUUACUUGGCACCGACUACGUAGGUUAUAUGGAAGUGACCUCUUUCCAAAGACCUUAUUUUAUCUUAACUUUUAAUUACUUUUGCAGUGUUGAGAAUCAAACCCAAGCCAUAAGUGGGAAUGGAUUGGUCAUACCGAUAAAGUGCAUGAAUGAAGGCUGCAGCAAAGAGCAUUGCUGUGGGCUUCUGAGGCACCUUGGCCAGAUUCAGCUCAUGUCAUAUGUUAAACGCCUGAUCCCCUAUCCCAAGAGCCAGGCUGGGUGCUACCCAUUUCCUCUGUUUUUCUCUUACUGCAAUUCUUGGUCUUGAUCUAAAUUUCCUCCAAUUUAAAGAAGUUAGGCUUUCUGGUGGAGGAGUCUGGAGAUGACGUUCAGAAAUGGCACCUCGCAAGGGGAAGGAAAAGAAGGAGGAACAGGUCAUCAGCCUCGGACCUCAGGUGGCUGAAGGAGAGAAUGUAUUUGGUGUCUGCCACAUCUUUGCAUCCUUCAGUGAUACCUGUGUCCAUGUUACCGAUCUUUCUGGCAAGGAAACCAUCUGCCAAGUAACUGGUGGAAUGAAGGUGAAGGCUGACCGAGAGGAGUCCUCUCCAUAUGCAGCCAUGUUGGCUGCCCAGGAUGUGGCCCAGAGGUGCAAGGAGCUGGGCAUCACUGCCCUGCAUAUCAAACUCUGGGCCACAGGAGGAAACAGGACCAAGACCCCUGGACCUGGAGCCCAGUCAGCCCUCAGAGCUCUUGCUCGCUCUGGGAUGAAGAUUGGGUGGAUUGAGGAUGUCACCCCCAUCCCCUCUGACAGCACUCGAAGGAAGGGUGGUCGUCAUGGCCGCCGUCUGUGAACAGGACUUUUCAAGUUAUUUUCUGUUAAAAAAUUGCUUUGUAAGCUUUAAAAAAAAAAAAAGAAGUUAGGGUCUGGGAAUACAGCUUUGUUGGUGGAGUGUUUACCCCUGCACUGGCUCCUUAAAUUCUGGCUCAUUAAAACUGAGCAU